AUGGCGCUUUCAUCAACCCUCUUCCCACACCUCUCCCUCUUCAACGCCACCUUCCACCAACCCUCCCCUCCCCUCAUCGCAACCGAGCUCUCUGGCAUCUUCAUCCAGCACAAAUACUCAAACACCCUCUCGCACAUCGUCUGCGGAUUCUGGUACAACUCUGCCAUCCACCAAAAAGUCCGCAUCGACGAGACCUAUGACGGUGGCUACGGGACUAGCUUCUUCGACUACACCAACACAAGCUCUUCCGGAGGGGUCUCAAACGUUCAAGUCAUUGUUGGUCCGAGCAUGAACAGUACACCGAGUUGCUUCGAGGACUAUGUGGGCAGCCCGGGAUUUCCGCUCAUCACUGCGACUUAUCUGCAGGACGUGAAUGCGAGUUUUGGCGGCGCAGUCCUCGACCCAUGGGUGGGCGAGGUGCAGAGCUGGGAUUUCCUGUAUGGUGGUGGGGGAGAUGGCGGCAUUGCGGUGGUGGUCUAUCUGGACGACCAGGAACCGGCUGUGCUGCAGGGUUAUGACUUCUGGGGCACGGCGGAGAGGACAAAGGUUGUUACGCGCUUCUUUGCGCAAAAAGUCGGGGAGAUCGGGGCCGAAGUCUUUGCUGGGAUUGGGUGUCCUGAACAGAAGCAAAGCGCUGAAGCGCCCAGGAGCGACAUGUGA